AUAACAGGGAAAAAGCCUCGAAUGUCGGCACGGACAUGCAACGUGUGAUUUAGUCAUCUCCGGUUAUUAAAUUCCGAGAAGAAAAUAAGAAAAAAAAAAAGAAAUCAAAUGAUCAUCUUCUUCGAUUUUCACUUCUUGCUCGCGCUCAGAUGAGAUGACGAGGUGCUGGUUUUUAUUGGCAAUUUAUUCGAAGAUUUGCUUAAGAUGGUUUUGAGUAAGUACAAUGGCGAAUGGUUGCAAGAGAGAAGAGGCGGCAUAAUCGGUGCUCUUUUGAACUCGGUGGCUCGAAGCGAGCAGGGAUUUCGUGUCGGUCGUCGAGGAAGGAGGUUUCCUCGUAAUUUUAAGCUUAGAUUUUUCCAUUGGCUGGUGGCGCUUCUUCUAGCAGCGCUCUUCUUGCUCUAUUUCGCUACCUUUGACCUUAAAUUACUCUCCAAUGGUAAUGAGGAAGAAAAUAACCUUUCCUUAUCACAAGAAGUACAUCAAAAAAUUUCCAUCCACGAUGCCGCCGUGACGCCACCCAAAAGCAAGCGUCGUAAGCAGCAUUUUCCUUGUGAAGUUGGGCUUGCAGCAGCAGUUGAUAAUAUUAUAGAGCCCAAGAAUUAUAUGAAUUUCACAGAGUUCUCGCUAGAAUAUGUAGAGAGGGAGAAGAAUCCUUUGCCUGCCAAUUCACUUGAGAGUAGAUUUGGAGGUUAUCAAACUCUUAAGGAAAGAGAGAAAUCCUUUGUUGCAAGGAAUCAAACUAUUCACUGUGGUUUUGUCAAAGGCCCGCCGAGAUUUUCAAGCACUGGUUUUGAGUUGAGUGAAAAUGAUAAGGCAUACAUGAGUACUUGUCGGGUUGCAGUAUCUUCUUGCAUUUUUGGGAGCUCUGACUUUCUGAGGAGACCUACUAGCAGAUUGAUUAGUGAAUUUGCCAAGAAAAAUGUGUGUUUUGUUAUGUUUGUGGAUGAGCAAACGCUAUCAAAACUGUCUUCAGAAGGACAUAUUCCUGAUGAGAGAGGAUAUGUUGGUCUGUGGAAAAUUGUUGUUGUGAGGAACUUACCAUAUUUGGACAUGCGGAAAACUGGAAAGGUGCCAAAGUUUUUAUCACAUCGCCUCUUUCCUUCUUCUCGGUAUUCAAUUUGGAUUGACAGUAAGAUGCGACUUAAUACUGACCCAAUGCUAAUCAUUGAAUUCUUUUUGUGGCGAAUGAGAGCAGAGUAUGCCAUUUCCAACCACUAUGAUCGCCAUUGUGUUUGGGAGGAGGUACUGCAAAAUAAGCGUCUAAAUAAGUACAACCAUACAGCCAUUGAUGAACAGUUUAUGUUUUACCAAUCUGAUGGCCUCACGAAGUUUAAUCCUUCAGACCCAAAUACUCCUCUUCCAAGUUAUGUGCCUGAAGGUUCCUUUAUUAUCCGGGCUCAUACACCAAUGUCAAAUUUAUUUUCAUGCCUGUGGUUCAAUGAAGUUGAUCGAUUUACCUCACGUGACCAACUAAGCUUUGCAUAUACCUACUUGAAGUUGAGGAGAAUGAAUCCAGAUAGACCGUUCCAUCUAAAUAUGUUUAAGGACUGUCAGCGCAGAACGUUAGCAAAGCUAUUCAGGCAUCGGACGGUGCCUUCUCCGCCACCUCCUUGAUUAAUCAGAAAAUUAUGCUAGUUUUCUGGGAGCACAGAUGCAGUCUAUGCAGGGAUAUCCACGCUGAAAGUGAAAAACAGGAGUUAUCUAUGAAAUAUACCUGCAACCUUUCUCUUCCAGGAAUCUUUACUCAUGGACUUUCAAGCUUGGCAAGAAUUAACGUUGGGCCAGUUACUUCAGAUAUUUGUAAGUGCAUAAUACUAUUGGCAGAGUAGCCUUUUGCUGAAGAAAUGGAGCUUUUUGGUGGCCUUACGAAAUGGUUCAAUGUGACUCCAAGCUAAUAAAGAUUUAUUGCUAAAGCUUAAUUAUCGUGGGUUGUAUUGAGAAUUUGAGGCUACACAUCGGCUGGAGUGAGGCUUAAGUUUAUAGAAUUUUUCCAUAAUCAUGGGUGUGUGAAUCAUUUGGAGAUGAGACCAGACAGUGUUACUUGCGUGAAGGGGAAAAUCCCAUUGGGAUUACUCUGCCCUGUUGUGUCUUAGUUCCAAGUCGACUCCCAAAUCCCCAUCCAGAAGGAAAAAGAAGAAAGAAAAAGAAAAUAUAGUUAAAAAAAAAGAAAAUAUAGUUAAAAAAAAGAUGCUUAUUGCUUUCAGAGCUUCCCAUAAUGCUUUGUAAUAUCCUUAUAUUCUUUCAAUUUUGAAUAGAUAAAGAACUAGCAGUCAGUAGGCAUCUCCUCCUUCCCCUGUUGUAGUCACUUUGAUGGAUUCUGUUGAUAGCUUUGUUUUUUAUUUGUUAUUGUUGGGAAGCAACCAAAACUGUUGGUUUUUAUUGUAUUUCUCAGCAUCUCAAGACUUGACUGUCUUUGUGCAUGCCAGUCAUGCUGCUGCUGUCUUGUUUGCUAGAGAGGGGAUAUGCUGUUCUCUCUUGGUAAGAAAGAACAGUAAUAAAACUAUGUGAACAUGCGAAUUCUGUUGAUGAAGA